UGUGUUGUGCAGAGUGAACUUUGCGGCCAUGGAACAUUAGCUGCUGCGCACUACCUGAUUUCAUCUGGCCUUGUGAAGUGUAAUGCGAUAGAUUUCUUGGCAAAAUCUGGAUUUCUAACAGCCAAGAAAGUUGUUGGCCUUAAGCAGUCCAGCACCUUGAUUUCUCCACUGCAAGAAGCUUGCACGAAAUUCUUAAUUGAACUGGAUUUCCCCCUCAUUCCAGUAGUCAAAUGCUCACCUUUGGAGAUGCCAUCUAUUCCUGAGACUUUAAAUGGUGCAUCCGUCAGUAAUGUGCUGAAAACUGUUUCUGAUUCUGCCACCGAUCUCAUUGUGGAGCUUAAUUCAAGUGAGGAAGUUGUUAAUGUCCGACCAAACAUUUCUGAAUUAGUCCAAUCUGCUGGAAGAGGGGUUGCUGUUACAGGGCCAGCUCCUGUUGGAUCUAGCUAUGAUUUUUUCAGUCGUUUCUUCUGCCCAAAAUAUGGAUUGAAUGAGGAUCCUGUAUGUGGUAGUGUGCACUGUGCCUUGGCUCCUUACUGGGGCAAGAAGCUAGGUAAACAAUGCAUGACUGCCUCCAUGGCUUCCCCAAGGAGUGGAACGCUUUAUCUGCAAUGGGAUGAGGCGGCCCAGAGGGUUCAAAUUCGCGGAGAAGCUGUUACUGUCAUGGUUGGGAACAUUCUAGUCUAGAAAAUACUUCUGAUUAUUGAACAACUGCCAUCAAAUCAACGAAUAAUUUUGGCAGCUUUGGUCUGAAGUUUGAAACUUUGAUCCUGAAUCCGUACUUAAUGCUUGUAAUCACUGGAGUACAUGUCAUGUAAACGUAAAUUCGUAAAUUGCAAAACUUGUUUGCAAAAAAGAAAAUGUCAAAACAUUAGUUUUUUAAGAGACUAUCCUUUUGGACUA